AUGUCGAGCUCUCCUCCGGCUAGACCUUGCUGCGUCUGCUUCAGGUUUAGACCACAUGAGGACGAGAAGGCACAGAAAAACACAUUCACCAGAUGGAUCAACUUUCAUCUUGAAGAGCACAGUUCAUCCGGUCGAAUUGAGGAUCUUUUCGAAGACAUCCGAGAUGGUGUUCUCCUAUGCCAUCUCAUCGAAGUGCUCACCGGAGAGGCCCUUGCGGUUCACAAAGGACGAGUAUCGAAACGAGUUCAUCACAUUGCAAACUUGACAACCGCGUUGACAGUGCUGCGUCGACGCGGUCUCGAGCUGAUAAACAAUAAUGCGGCUGAUAUUGCCGACGGAAAUCCACGUAUCGUACUCGGACUCAUUUGGCAGAUUAUUCUUCAUUUCCAGAUUGAAACAAACAUGAUCUUGCUCCGUGAAUGGGGAUGGGCUGCAACUGGAACGGAAGAGCCAACAUCAUCAGCUCAACCAGAAGUUGUUGUCACUGCUCCAUCACCAACACCAUCAUCGAAAAAGAGCCACUCGAAAGUAUCAUCACUGUCCGGUAGUAAGACGUCACUUGCCUCAGGGGAAAAGGCACCGUCGUCUCCACUCAGACAGAGAAUCGCUUCAUUUUUGACUCCAACCAAGAAGGCUCCGAAGCUCACAGCUCAACCCGUCAAACAGUCCGUUGAACAGGUCUUCCUUCGAUGGAUUAAUGCAGAAAUUGGGGAUCUCGUUGGCGGACGACGUGUCGAGAAUAUGGAUAAACAAUGGAGAGAUGGAAUUCUAUUCUGUGCUCUUGUAUCUCGAUGGCGUCCAGAUGUCAUCAGCAUGCGUGAAGUGACAAAUGCCAAUCCACGAGAUAAUCUCGAGUUGGCAUUCAAUUUGGCUCAUCAGCAUCUUGGUGUCAGACGGCUUUUGGCUGUUGAAGAUAUGAUGAUCGAAAAACCGGACAAAAGAUCAGUUAUUACUUAUGUGUCACAGUUUGUUCGAAUGUUCGGAGAAAGAUCACCAAUGCAAGGAAGAGAGCAACAUGAAAUCUUCUUGGCUUGGCUUGAGGCUACCUAUCUUCUAUGCACAAGACAUGAGCUCAAUUCGCAGGAAUGCUCACGUAUUCGUCGUGAAUUCAUUGAGCAUCGUCCACUGUUCAACACAAUUAUUGUUACAAAAGUCAAUUAUGAUGUUGAAGAAUUAGUGGAAAUUGAGAAGAAAUGGGAUUGCAUCCGUGAAACGCUCGAAAAGUAUGCUCGCCGCUCAGAACGAGAUCUUCCAGAACCAUUCGCAUCAAUCGCCACGUGGAUCGCCGGAGCCGAGCAUAUUCUAUCGAGACCGCUGGAUCUUGAUGCUACUGAUGCAAAGAAGACAGUCACGAUGCUUCAAAAGCUGAUAAGUGAACAUCAAAAGUAUAUGGAAGACUUACCAAAGCGACAAGAAGACUUUGAAGAAGCUGUGAAACACGGUGGACUCGGAGGUCGACCAGUUGCUCCGGAAUUCAGUGAGCCUCUGAGAGCAAGAUUUGCACAAAUCGAAGAGGAGAAUGAACCGCGCAUUUCAACACUGCGCAUUUUGACUACACACUAUAUUCUCCUGCAAUAUUUGCAACAUAUUGAUGAGAAAAUCAUUCUUUGGAGAACGGCUGACAGUGUAACUUUGCUCCUCCGUUGGAUAAAGGAAUACACACAACUAAACGCCGAAAACCCACAAGCAAAAUGUGCUAGCUACAUUAAUAAAAUUACAUUGACAAUGGCUAACGAUCAGAACAGUAAACUCGACAAAGAAGCAAUACUGAAUACAUCGAACGAGAAGACAGCCGAAACACUGAAACGAUUCGAAUCGUUGUGGAUCGAGCUGAAACUAUUGAAAGUCGAAUGGGUCGAAUGGGAGACACACGUCAGUCAACUAGAGGAAAUUAUUGAGGAACGACGUAGAAACGGAGUUCCACCGACUCCGGAAGACGAACAAGCACUUGCUGUUAUCACUGCUGGAGCCGAUCAGUUGGCUCCAAAGUUGGGAGCUUCUGCACGUCUGUCGAAUAAUCAACGAUUGGAUGUGCUUACUCAUUCAUUCAAGAAGCUUACCAAGACAACGAUAAAAAUCGGUGGUCGCCUUGUCGUGGAACUGGAACCUUCCACAUCCGAACAGGCGUCGAAGAUCUCGUACAGUUGGCAAGCAUCUGACGAACUGUUAAAAGUUGAAAUGCAGCUCCGUGAUCGCAUUCAACGUGACGCCGAUUCGUCGGAUCGCGAACAACUGGAAUAUCGCGCUGAAACAUUCCGAAACAUUCGGGAUAAACUUAUCGAAUUGGAAAGACUUAAUGAGAUUUAUGAUAAUCAUAGCCGUGAUCAGGUGGACACUCCGAAUCGAAAUCUGAUUCGACACGAUAUGGGCACAAUUAUCUACGGGCUUCAAGCUGGACAGUACGCCAACUUUGUGGAUCUCUCUUGUUACGCUUUUGUCUAUGACGAGUAUAAUCAGGUACCGGUGAACCUAACCGAAAACGUGUUGAGCGAAGAUUACGUUCGUGAAAUCGUCAAUCGAAAGAAGGCAAUUCUGACUCGCCGCGAGAACAACGAGGAUGAGAUCCGUGAAUCGAUUCGCGAUAUGGAAGAAUGCGAUCGGAUUAUUGAAGGAUGGCAGAGCACCGAAAUCGAGGAACUGCGUGCUGAAUGGAAUAUCAAAUUGUCGGAAUUCGAAUCAUGGCAUGAGAUGAUGCAGCAAGUUGAAGUACUUUCCCAGACAAUUCAGACCAGAUUAGAUGUGACCGUCAUUCAAACGAUCUGGAUACUGAAGGAACGUUCCUAUGAUAUCAAGCAUAGUGAACUGGGAGGAACUCUUCGAGAAUCUCUGGAACAACUUGCAACGACUAGUGAAACAUCUGUCAAUCGGCAUCUACAAAAUUUAGAGCUCAGCAAUGAGCAGGACUGUCCAGAUGCCAUCGAAUUUCUAGAGGAGGUUGGCCGCGAGUCGGUCAGUAAAUUAUCAGCUGCAGUUGACGAUCGAUACAUCUACACGUUACACGUGCUCCGAACCAAAAUGGAGCUGUUCCGACGGCUGCAAAACUUUUGCGACGCUGUCAAAAUAUUGCGAUCGCAAAAUACCAAAUGGAACGGAAUCAAGAUUUCGCAGAUUGAUCAAGUACAGUCUGAGAUCGACACUCUUAUUGUGCGUCUCGACGAGGAAUGGACUCAAGAUGCGAAUCAAUUGCGAGCCGAACUUGCCAGCAUUCAUGGAAGUUUCUUCCAGCUCGAAUUUGAUAGAUUGAAUGAGAAAUUGAAUAUGCUGAUUCAUGACAAAGACAAGUUACGGGAAUUAAUGGUCCAUCGACGCCACUACCUGACUGCCGCAAACGAACUGAUUACCGAUUCAAAGACUGACUUAGCGCAACGUGCCACCUCUAGCGACCAUCCUGAUGAUAUUCUUCGUGCUACCGACGAAGUAACAAAAGCCCUAGACAUUAAAGGAGAAGAGUUGCGAAGACUCGGCGAGCUAGCCGAAAUGAAUAUUACCGACCUCGUCGUCGUGGCUCUGAUUCUUUCCUUCAGACGCCGACAACUCGGAAGCGAAGGGGAACCCGAAGUGGAAGAGUUGAGACGUGCUCUCCGUGAAAUUAUUGCCCGACCAAUUACUGAACCACGUGAUGUUUCACCGGAUGCAAUUGUAGCCGACAUCCUCCGCAUGAAGGACGAGAAGAAGCGUGACGAGAAAACUAUUGACGAAAUUCAGGCGACGACACUGACCGACGAACAACGGGCCAGUUUUGCUCCCCUGAUAGAAGACUAUCGUCGACGCGCCGAUAGACACCGAAUUGUAUUUGAACAUCUUGUAAUGAUCUAUCUCGACUGGCUCAGUCGACAAUUUGACGAGUUGGAAGAUGAGAUCGGAAUGACAAUUCAGACGAGUCGUGCGGAUGAUCUUCGUAGAAUGAAUUCGACAGAAUGGAAUAAAUGGAAAACUGAUUUGGCAAAUAUUGAACGCCAAGUUGGACCGGACACGAAGAAGGCGCUAAGCGCCGAACUUGCCGAUCUUCAUAGAAAACGAGAUUCAAUGGAAGCUCGAAUCAAUAAAUAUCUGACACAUUCUGCCAAGAUCAACGCUAAGCUGACACAAUUUGAAAAAUGGCUCAACGCCAUCGAAGAAGAUAUCGAGCAAACUGAACGACAAUUUGAGGAUCCUGAACGCUCAUACCGUUUUGGUUCUCUUCACGAAGUUGCUCUUGCUAAACAACGACUCGUCGCUAAACUUGAACGUCUGAAUGUAGCAAACAAAGAGGAAGUGCUGCGCCUCUGCGAACGCUACCAUACCAUCAUGCACAAGUUGACACCAUUCCAAACCGCCGUCGGUCUACCAUUGCACGUCUCUACCAAUCUGGAUCGCAAUGGGCCAUUCCAAUCUCAGAUCUCGGUAUCGUCAAUUGCCUCAUCUGAGUUGGAAAGACCAGAAUCUGUAAUGUCUCUGACGUCAUCUAUCGGAGUCAUUCCUGCCGACGUGGCAGAACUAUCACCAUUUGAAGCAAAGAUCAACAAAUUGCUCCAAAAGCUUCAUAUCAUCGAAGACUCGUAUCUCAAGGGACCAAAACCAAUUGAUACAGUUAGAGAAGAUGUCAAGCAACUCGAGAAAUAUCGUAAUCGUGGUGCCGAAAUUCUUCAGCAACUUUCAACAAGUAACAUCGAAGAUGCGGAGAAAGAAGGCUUAAAACAUCGUUUUGUUUUAAUGCUGAACAACUAUGAUGAUAUUCUCAGAUCGAUCGAAAAUGAGAUUCGCGAUGAUAACGAGCUUACUGCUAAAAACCAAGAAAUUCUCGCCGAACUCUCAAACGCCGAACAGACCCUUCAGAACUCGCCACUUGAAGACCUCGACAUUUCUGCCGAGCUUGAUCGUCUUCAAAUGCAACUUGAUCUUGUGAAGGUUAUGUGCAAUAAGCCACGAAAAUAUGUGGAGUGUGAGCUUAUUGAUAGUAGUCGUGAAGGCUCACCACAAGAACGAAGACGACGAAAGAAGAAGGUGAUGGUGAUGGUAUCAAAUACAAUCACUACCAUCAUUCACGUUGUUGAAGAGCGCCUUGAAGCCUCGGAUAUUUCUCGCAACCCUGAUGUUCAACAGAAGCUGGUUGCUGUGAAAGAGAAUCUUCGGGAGUUGGAUACGACUACGGUUACUCCACACCCACCAUCCAUUAUGUCUCCACUUGGAACUGAAAAUCGUAACGAUUUGGAAGAAGUGAAGCGACUUGCUGCUGAAAUUGAUCGUGCAAUUGACACGGCAUCGUCAAUGUAUGAAGAUGCACCAACUGAUGAGGAUGCUUUGAAAUCUGCUAUUCAUCUUCUUGACGAUCAAAAAGUUACUCUCAAUCAUCUUCAUGUUGUUCUCGAAGGAAUUCCAGAAAAAAAUGAGCAAGAUAGAACUGAUGCUAUUGAUAUCGCCAGUUCAGUAGGAGAGAAACUUGGCAAUUUGAAAUCUGCUGUUGAAGAAGUUUAUGAAGAAGUUUUAGCAUCCACCAAUCCAGUUAAAGAAGAUCAACCACUUCAGCAUAUACAAGAGGUUCAAACUACUCCAGCUGAACAAAGCAAUUGGGACACUGAUGAGUUUUCAAGACAGCCUCCAGUUCUAUCAGACGAGAGAAUUGAAUUGAAAACUGAUCCAAGUGCAAUCGAUAAGUUUGAAGUUCGAUCCGACGAAGACCCAGUUCCAAAGAUCAUUGAUCUUUUCGGUCAGCUUCAGACUGCUGUUAAUGAAGCAUCACCAUUAGCAUGUGAAGGAACUGACGAUGUGGAUGCUCUUCAGGUAGCAAGUGACAAGCUUACCAAACAAGACCGAACGAUAAGAAAGAUUCAUGCCAUCCUGGACACAAUCGAUGAUCCUGUUCAAAAACCUGCAAUCAUUGAAUCAUUGGACAAAAUAAAAGAUCAGAUCAAUAAUGCUCGAGAUAAUAUCAAUCGGCAGAUUGAUAAUCUGAACUACAACCAAACACCUGUUGUAGUUCCAAAGGAAUCCACGAAAACACCAUUGAACGAAAUUGAAGAUGCAGUACGACAGGCAUCUACCGUGGUUUCUGAUGAAUUAUGUAACACUGAAAAAUUGUUGAGUGCCCGUCAAACACUAGCCAAUGUCAAGCCUCAAGUUGAUUCUGUUGAGGCUAAUGUUUGGAGUAAUCCAGAAACUAUUGAAACAGUGACACCUAUUUUGGAAGAAUAUACCACAUUGGUUGACAAUAUAGAAAAGAAAUUGGCUAACGAGAUCGAAGUUCCAACCAAUGACCCGUCUCGUCAGGACCUUGUACAACAACUUCAAGAUGUCAUUUUGGAAUGUGAGGAAGUUGUUGUCAACUGCGACAAUAUUGAAAAGUUGGAAGAGUCGAAGUUAAAACUCGAAAAAGCAAGACCUCUUCUUGAUCAAAUCGGAGAUAACGUUGAAAAAUUAUCCCGUGAACAGUCUCCAGAUACUUCUGAUGCAAUUGAUGCUCUUUCAAAUGUUCAUCAGCAAUAUAAUGCUACCAUCAUGUCAAUUGAUGACAAAAUCGACGAGCUCAAGAAUCCAGAAGAAGAUACAUCUGCCGCUGAUCAACUGAUUUCUGAACUUCACGUUAUCUCGGAAAUGCCAGCCGUCACAAUUGACUUGUCUAUGCUUAAUGCAAUCGAAGAAGGGUUAUCCACACUGCCAGCUCACCAAGCGGAAAAUGUUCAAGCCAAGAUUGACGAACUGAGACAGAAAAAAGAAGUUGCCGACCAAACUGAACAAAUAUUGUCUGAUCUCAAUGCUUUCGGUGACAUGCCUGCAAUUACUCUGGACCUUGAUUUGCUAAAAUCUGUUGAGGAUGGUAUUGCUGUCCUUCCUGUCGAAGACUCAGAAAGAAUUAAGGCGAAAAUUGUGGACCUUCGAAAGAAGAAGGAAGAUGCUGAUCAAGCAGAAGCUCUCCUUCAAGAGCUCAGUGUUAUUUCUGACAUGCCAAUCUCGACUCUCGACUUGAACAUGUUACAAGGAAUCGAAGACAACUUAAACAGCCUCCCAGCUGAAGAAUCUGAUGAGAUCCGAGAGAAGUUAAAUGAACUGAGAAGAAGAAAGCAAGAAAGUGACCAAGCUGAAGCUCUACUUCAAGAGCUCAGUGUUAUUUCUGACAUGCCAAUCUCGACUCUAGACCUGAACAUGUUGCAAGGAGUUGAAGACAACUUGAACAGUCUUCCAACUGAAGAAGCUGAUAAGAUCCGCGAGAAGAUUAACGAUCUGAGAAGAAGGAAACAAGAAAGCGAUCUGGCUGAAGCUCUUCUUCAAGAGCUCAGUGUUAUUUAUGACAUGCCAACUUCUACAAUUGACCUGAACAUGCUCCAAGGAAUCGAAGACAACUUGAACAGCCUUCCAGCUGAAGAAUCUGAUAAGAUCCGAGAGAAGAUUAACGAUCUGAGAAGAAGGAAACAAGAAAGCGAUCUGGCUGAAGCUCUUCUUCAAGAGCUCAGUGUUAUUUAUGACAUGCCAACUUCUACAAUUGACCUGAACAUGCUCCAAGGAAUCGAAGACAACUUGAACAGCCUUCCAGCUGAAGAAUCUGAUAAGAUCCGAGAGAAGAUUAACGAUCUGAGAAGAAGGAAACAAGAAAGCGAUCAAGCUGAAGCUCUUCUUCAAGAGCUCAGUGUUGUUUCUGACAUGCCAGCUUCUACAAUUGAUAUUAACAUGCUUCAAAGUAUUGAAGAUGGUCUCAGCACUUUACUUUCUGAGGAUAGAUCAAAAAUUCAACAAGCAAUUGAUUCCCUACGGAAGAAGAAAUCCGACUCCGAUCUUGCUCAACAUGCCCUCGAAGCACUCUCCGUUCAAUCCAAACUACCAUCAGUAUCUAUAAAUUUGGAGGAAUUGAAGAAAUUGGAAGAAACAUUGAGCACCGUUCCAGUAGAAGACUCAAAAGUAAUUCGUGACAAGAUUGCCGAGUUGAAAACAGAAAAAGCUCUUGCCGAUCACGCUGAAAACUAUUUAGUUGAGCUGAAGAAAAUCGAAGAUAUGCCAAUCAGUGCUGUUGGGUCCGACGUGCUUGCCACAAUCGAAGAUCAGAUUUUGCAAAUGCCAGUUCAAUAUCAACCUUCCGUAAAGGAAACAUUGGAUAAAUUGAAACAGGCAAAGGAGGAAGAUGAUAAACUGGCAGGUGUCUAUGACGAAUUGGAAAAAAUCGCAAAACUACCAGCCAGAGAUUAUGACAACAAAUUGUUAGCAAAAAUCGAUGAAAAAUUGAAUAGUCUUCCAAAAGAUCAGAUUGCUGAAACGCAUCGAAAAGUUGAAGACAUUAAAGUCACGAAGGCGGAUAUUGUUGCUCAAAUUGAUGUUCUCGACAAACUUCCAGCAAAAGAUAUUGACGAACAUUUAUUGAAUUCUAUCGAAGAAAAACUCCCAACAAUCCCCAGCGAUUCUUCGGAUCAGCUCCAAAUUGCAAUCGGAAAACUCCGUGAUAGGAAACAAGCAAAUAUCGAUGAAGGAAAAAAGAUUCUGAAUGAAUUAGCCGAAAUUCAAAAAAUGCCAGCUGAUUCGUUGAACGAACACGCCUUAAACUUGCUUGCUACGGAAUCAGAUAAAUUUGGAUCUGAGAUUUCAGAUAAAAUCAUGCAAGAAAUAGAUGUUCUUCGCGAAAAACAGAACAAUCAUGAAGUGGCACGGUUGAACGCAGAAAGUGUGCUCCAACAACUUGACAAAAUCAGCGAAGAGCCGCAUCUUAGUUUGACCGAAGAGAGGCUUGCACCAUUCUUGCAAAACAUUGAUACUGUUCCAGCAUGUUUCGUUGACAAAAUUCGAAACAAAAUCAAUGAAGUUCAAAAGCUUCACGAUGAAGCAGUUCAGGACGAAAAAGAUGAGCUUAAGGAGAAACUGGUUGCCAAGGUACAAAACAUUGGAAAAACAUCGAUUGACGACGUGAAUGUAUCCGAUUUUGAAGAAAUUGAACGCGAAAUAAACGGCUCACUCGAAGCUUUCGAAGCCGAGCCACUACUGGCCAAGAUUCAAGAACUACGUGAGGCAAAGAGAGUCGGUGACGAAGCUCGUUCUGCCGCUCACGACCAGAUUGUGGCUCUUGAAAAGGAAGCUGAAGACGUUACUGCCAAGGAAUCAGCAAAGAAAAAGAAGAAGGACAAGAAGAAGUCUCCACAAGAGAUGAUUGACGAGCUCAGUGCUAAAGUUGUUGAAGCAAAGGCACUCAUUCCAAAGAUCGAAGAAGCCGCCAAGAACGAAAACCUACCAGCCGACGACAAACCAAAGGCCGAACAACUUGUCUCGAAUCUCGAAGCAUUCGUCAAAGAUGUUGAAACUCAAGUUUCUGAGAAACAAGACGAACUCGACAAGCUGAACAACGCCAAUGAUGCAAUCAAGAGACUUGGAGAUGCUCUCGACGACGCCGAAAAGACAGUUGUCCCAAGUAGUGUACCCGCCCUUAGCGAGUUCAAGGAUCGCAUCGCUCCACAUCUCGCCACUUUGGUUGAAGCUGUCAACGAUGUUCCAGCCAGUGUUGAGCCUUCAGCCGUCGCUUUGCGUGAUCGUGCCGCUAAAUUCGUUUCUGAUCUUGAAAAGAACAUCCAAAAGACUGGUGACGAUGAAAAGCGCGCCGAUGAACUGAAGAACGAUGUCGGAAAUGCGGUCAAGAACGUGGAAGAUGUUGUUUCGAAAUACCAAAAUCAACCUCAACCACUCGACGUGGCUAAGGACGACGCUAACAAACUCAAGGCUACUGUAGAGCAACUUACCAAGCUGGCCGAGUCUAGCGACAAGAUCGAUCCACAAGUCGCCAAGGACAUCAAGGACUCAAAGACUAAGGCUAAGGAAUUGCUUCAGGCUCUUGAAAAAGCCAUUCCACAAGAGGACGCUAUUCGUCGUGAACAAGCCGAGAUUAAUGAUCGUCUCAACAAUCUCGAGAAGGAGCUUACCAAGGUGGAUGAGUUCAAACCAGAGGAUGCACUUCCAAUUGUUGACCAACUCGCCGCCAAUACUAACACCUUGAAGACUGCCACUGAUUCGAACAACGAGAAGGCCGUCGCACCAAGUUCGCUCAUUUCUCAUGACGAUUUGGUUGUCGGUCUUCCAGAGAAGGUCUUCCAACUUCAGCAUGCCAUCGAUGACAAGAAGCAAGCUUUGAACAAGGCUGCAGCUGUCAACGAAAUUGCUCCAAAGCUCCAGCUCGUUUCUCAACAACUCCAAUCUGUACCACAAGAAGUACCAGCGUCACUUGACGAACAGAAACAACUUUUGGAGGAUGUCGAAAACCAAAAGCACAAUUUGGAGAACUUGCUUGCCAAUCUUCCUGAAAACGACCCAACUGCUGAUGAACUCAGACAGAAGAGCCAGUGGGAUUUGUCACGACUCAAGGAUCUUUUGAAACAACUUGGAUCUGCCGUUGGUGACAAAUUGGCUGCACUUGCCGCUUUCAAUGCCGCUCGCAAAAAUGCCGAAGACGCCCUUCUCGAUAUCACCCGUGAAGAUGGAGGUGAUGACAACAAAUCACCAGACGAGCUUAUUGAUGAUCUAGCCAAGAAGGAGGAAACUGUUGCCAAGCUUCUUGAUACUGUUUCCGGAGUUAAGCCUGACGAGCUCGAUGAUAAGGAACGAGCUGAAUACAACGACUUGCUUGCAAGACUCGCGACCGCGGCUGACGUUCUGAAAAACAAACGUGCCGAACUCGAACAAGCAGUCAAGGCCAAGGCCGACGAGAAAUCGCUACACGACUCUGUUGACCGUAUCGUAUCUCGUCUUGUGCCACUUGUUCGUGAAUCGGAUGAGCUCCGUCACAACGCUGAAGCCGUUCCUACUCAAUACGCUCCAAAGGCCGAAGAACUGAAGAAGGAGGUCGAAGCUGCGAAGGCCGUCAUCGCCAACGCUCCAUCGUCUGAUGCUCAUGUGCAACAACUCGAACAAGCUGUUGCAACCGCAGAAACUCUUAUUCCGGACCUUGAAGAAAGAGCGCGUCUCUGGAACGAAUUCCUUGCUGCUCGCAACGACAUCGAUGCUCUCAUUGAACAACUCCAACAACCACUGGAUGCAGUUCUUGCACAACCAAAACGUUCAGCUGAGGAAGCCGCACAGGACGUUGAGAAUCUCAGAAACAAUUCACAACAACUUUCUGAUCUCGACAACAAGAUUGCCAAUCUGCAACGUAUUUCCGAACUUCUUGAUCCACUUGAGAGUGCUUACGCUGAUGUGCGAUUCUUUGAUGUAGACGCCGAGCAAACACGUCAUCAGUACGACGACGUUCUCAAUGACGUUGCCGCCGAACUUGAAGAUGAAACACUUCUCAAGCAAUCAGCCAGUCAAGUUGCCAAUGAAAUUGAUGACAUCAGCAAGAUGAUCGAUUCGACCGAUCCUGAAAGAUCCAUUUUGGAUACGAUCGCUAAGAGUGAUAUCCCUGCUCUCAAGGCCCAAAUCAAUCGCAUCAAGGACAGAAUUGUUAACGCCGACGCUUCUCGCAAACACGUCACCACUGAUCCAAAGAUCGCUGAAGAUUUGGAUAACAAACUCGCCAAGCUCCAAACCGAACUUGACGAUGCCAUCAAGACUUCAGACGAGCACGACAAGGAACAACUGAUUCUCUCACUGAAACUUAACAUCUCUCAGUUUGAGCAGAUUCCUUUGGAUCAGCUCAAGUCGGACGAUUUGAAGACGGCAGAAAAGGAAAUCACCAACUCGUUGAAGCCAGAGGAAGCCGAGCCACUACUGGCCAAGAUUCAAGAACUACGUGAGGCAAAGAGAGUCGGUGACGAAGCUCGUUCUGCCGCUCACGACCAGAUUGUGGCUCUUGAAAAGGAAGCUGAAGACGUUACUGCCAAGGAAUCAGCAAAGAAAAAGAAGAAGGACAAGAAGAAGUCUCCACAAGAGAUGAUUGACGAGCUCAGUGCUAAAGUUGUUGAAGCAAAGGCACUCAUUCCAAAGAUCGAAGAAGCCGCCAAGAACGAAAACCUACCAGCCGACGACAAACCAAAGGCCGAACAACUUGUCUCGAAUCUCGAAGCAUUCGUCAAAGAUGUUGAAACUCAAGUUUCUGAGAAACAAGACGAACUCGACAAGCUGAACAACGCCAAUGAUGCAAUCAAGAGACUUGGAGAUGCUCUCGACGACGCCGAAAAGACAGUUGUCCCAAGUAGUGUACCCGCCCUUAGCGAGUUCAAGGAUCGCAUCGCUCCACAUCUCGCCACUUUGGUUGAAGCUGUCAACGAUGUUCCAGCCAGUGUUGAGCCUUCAGCCGUCGCUUUGCGUGAUCGUGCCGCUAAAUUCGUUUCUGAUCUUGAAAAGAACAUCCAAAAGACUGGUGACGAUGAAAAGCGCGCCGAUGAACUGAAGAACGAUGACGGAAAUGCGGUCAAGAACGUGGAAGAUGUUGUUUCGAAAUACCAAAAUCAACCUCAACCACUCGACGUGGCUAAGGACGACGCUAACAAACUCAAGGCUACUGUAGAGCAACUUACCAAGCUGGCCGAGUCUAGCGACAAGAUCGAUCCACAAGUCGCCAAGGACAUCAAGGACUCAAAGACUAAGGCUAAGGAAUUGCUUCAGGCUCUUGAAAAAGCCAUUCCACAAGAGGACGCUAUUCGUCGUGAACAAGCCGAGAUUAAUGAUCGUCUCAACAAUCUCGAGAAGGAGCUUACCAAGGUGGAUGAGUUCAAACCAGAGGAUGCACUUCCAAUUGUUGACCAACUCGCCGCCAAUACUAACACCUUGAAGACUGCCACUGAUUCGAACAACGAGAAGGCCGUCGCACCAAGUUCGCUCAUUUCUCAUGACGAUUUGGUUGUCGGUCUUCCAGAGAAGGUCUUCCAACUUCAGCAUGCCAUCGAUGACAAGAAGCAAGCUUUGAACAAGGCUGCAGCUGUCAACGAAAUUGCUCCAAAGCUCCAGCUCGUUUCUCAACAACUCCAAUCUGUACCACAAGAAGUACCAGCGUCACUUGACGAACAGAAACAACUUUUGGAGGAUGUCGAAAACCAAAAGCACAAUUUGGAGAACUUGCUUGCCAAUCUUCCUGAAAACGACCCAACUGCUGAUGAACUCAGACAGAAGAGCCAGUGGGAUUUGUCACGACUCAAGGAUCUUUUGAAACAACUUGGAUCUGCCGUUGGUGACAAAUUGGCUGCACUUGCCGCUUUCAAUGCCGCUCGCAAAAAUGCCGAAGACGCCCUUCUCGAUAUCACCCGUGAAGAUGGAGGUGAUGACAACAAAUCACCAGACGAGCUUAUUGAUGAUCGCGGCCGCAGUACUGGAUCUGCCGUUGGUGACAAAUUGGCUGCACUUGCCGCUUUCAAUGCCGCUCGCAAAAAUGCCGAAGACGCCCUUCUCGAUAUCACCCGUGAAGAUGGAGGUGAUGACAACAAAUCACCAGACGAGCUUAUUGAUGAUCUAGCCAAGAAGGAGGAAACUGUUGCCAAGCUUCUUGAUACUGUUUCCGGAGUUAAGCCUGACGAGCUCGAUGAUAAGGAACGAGCUGAAUACAACGACUUGCUUGCAAGACUCGCGACCGCGGCUGACGUUCUGAAAAACAAACGUGCCGAACUCGAACAAGCAGUCAAGGCCAAGGCCGACGAGAAAUCGCUACACGACUCUGUUGACCGUAUCGUAUCUCGUCUUGUGCCACUUGUUCGUGAAUCGGAUGAGCUCCGUCACAACGCUGAAGCCGUUCCUACUCAAUACGCUCCAAAGGCCGAAGAACUGAAGAAGGAGGUCGAAGCUGCGAAGGCCGUCAUCGCCAACGCUCCAUCGUCUGAUGCUCAUGUGCAACAACUCGAACAAGCUGUUGCAACCGCAGAAACUCUUAUUCCGGACCUUGAAGAAAGAGCGCGUCUCUGGAACGAAUUCCUUGCUGCUCGCAACGACAUCGAUGCUCUCAUUGAACAACUCCAACAACCACUGGAUGCAGUUCUUGCACAACCAAAACGUUCAGCUGAGGAAGCCGCACAGGACGUUGAGAAUCUCAGAAACAAUUCACAACAACUUUCUGAUCUCGACAACAAGAUUGCCAAUCUGCAACGUAUUUCCGAACUUCUUGAUCCACUUGAGAGUGCUUACGCUGAUGUGCGAUUCUUUGAUGUAGACGCCGAGCAAACACGUCAUCAGUACGACGACGUUCUCAAUGACGUUGCCGCCGAACUUGAAGAUGAAACACUUCUCAAGCAAUCAGCCAGUCAAGUUGCCAAUGAAAUUGAUGACAUCAGCAAGAUGAUCGAUUCGACCGAUCCUGAAAGAUCCAUUUUGGAUACGAUCGCUAAGAGUGAUAUCCCUGCUCUCAAGGCCCAAAUCAAUCGCAUCAAGGACAGAAUUGUUAACGCCGACGCUUCUCGCAAACACGUCACCACUGAUCCAAAGAUCGCUGAAGAUUUGGAUAACAAACUCGCCAAGCUCCAAACCGAACUUGACGAUGCCAUCAAGACUUCAGACGAGCACGACAAGGAACAACUGAUUCUCUCACUGAAACUUAACAUCUCUCAGUUUGAGCAGAUUCCUUUGGAUCAGCUCAAGUCGGACGAUUUGAAGACGGCAGAAAAGGAAAUCACCAACUCGUUGAAGCCAGAGGAAGCCGAGCCACUACUGGCCAAGAUUCAAGAACUACGUGAGGCAAAGAGAGUCGGUGACGAAGCUCGUUCUGCCGCUCACGACCAGAUUGUGGCUCUUGAAAAGGAAGCUGAAGACGUUACUGCCAAGGAAUCAGCAAAGAAAAAGAAGAAGGACAAGAAGAAGUCUCCACAAGAGAUGAUUGACGAGCUCAGUGCUAAAGUUGUUGAAGCAAAGGCACUCAUUCCAAAGAUCGAAGAAGCCGCCAAGAACGAAAACCUACCAGCCGACGACAAACCAAAGGCCGAACAACUUGUCUCGAAUCUCGAAGCAUUCGUCAAAGAUGUUGAAACUCAAGUUUCUGAGAAACAAGACGAACUCGACAAGCUGAACAACGCCAAUGAUGCAAUCAAGAGACUUGGAGAUGCUCUCGACGACGCCGAAAAGACAGUUGUCCCAAGUAGUGUACCCGCCCUUAGCGAGUUCAAGGAUCGCAUCGCUCCACAUCUCGCCACUUUGGUUGAAGCUGUCAACGAUGUUCCAGCCAGUGUUGAGCCUUCAGCCGUCGCUUUGCGUGAUCGUGCCGCUAAAUUCGUUUCUGAUCUUGAAAAGAACAUCCAAAAGACUGGUGACGAUGAAAAGCGCGCCGAUGAACUGAAGAACGAUGUCGGAAAUGCGGUCAAGAACGUGGAAGAUGUUGUUUCGAAAUACCAAAAUCAACCUCAACCACUCGACGUGGCUAAGGACGACGCUAACAAACUCAAGGCUACUGUAGAGCAACUUACCAAGCUGGCCGAGUCUAGCGACAAGAUCGAUCCACAAGUCGCCAAGGACAUCAAGGACUCAAAGACUAAGGCUAAGGAAUUGCUUCAGGCUCUUGAAAAAGCCAUUCCACAAGAGGACGCUAUUCGUCGUGAACAAGCCGAGAUUAAUGAUCGUCUCAACAAUCUCGAGAAGGAGCUUACCAAGGUGGAUGAGUUCAAACCAGAGGAUGCACUUCCAAUUGUUGACCAACUCGCCGCCAAUACUAACACCUUGAAGACUGCCACUGAUUCGAACAACGAGAAGGCCGUCGCACCAAGUUCGCUCAUUUCUCAUGACGAUUUGGUUGUCGGUCUUCCAGAGAAGGUCUUCCAACUUCAGCAUGCCAUCGAUGACAAGAAGCAAGCUUUGAACAAGGCUGCAGCUGUCAACGAAAUUGCUCCAAAGCUCCAGCUCGUUUCUCAACAACUCCAAUCUGUACCACAAGAAGUACCAGCGUCACUUGACGAACAGAAACAACUUUUGGAGGAUGUCGAAAACCAAAAGCACAAUUUGGAGAACUUGCUUGCCAAUCUUCCUGAAAACGACCCAACUGCUGAUGAACUCAGACAGAAGAGCCAGUGGGAUUUGUCACGACUCAAGGAUCUUUUGAAACAACUUGGAUCUGCCGUUGGUGACAAAUUGGCUGCACUUGCCGCUUUCAAUGCCGCUCGCAAAAAUGCCGAAGACGCCCUUCUCGAUAUCACCCGUGAAGAUGGAGGUGAUGACAACAAAUCACCAGACGAGCUUAUUGAUGAUCUAGCCAAGAAGGAGGAAACUGUUGCCAAGCUUCUUGAUACUGUUUCCGGAGUUAAGCCUGACGAGCUCGAUGAUAAGGAACGAGCUGAAUACAACGACUUGCUUGCAAGACUCGCGACCGCGGCUGACGUUCUGAAAAACAAACGUGCCGAACUCGAACAAGCAGUCAAGGCCAAGGCCGACGAGAAAUCGCUACACGACUCUGUUGACCGUAUCGUAUCUCGUCUUGUGCCACUUGUUCGUGAAUCGGAUGAGCUCCGUCACAACGCUGAAGCCGUUCCUACUCAAUACGCUCCAAAGGCCGAAGAACUGAAGAAGGAGGUCGAAGCUGCGAAGGCCGUCAUCGCCAACGCUCCAUCGUCUGAUGCUCAUGUGCAACAACUCGAACAAGCUGUUGCAACCGCAGAAACUCUUAUUCCGGACCUUGAAGAAAGAGCGCGUCUCUGGAACGAAUUCCUUGCUGCUCGCAACGACAUCGAUGCUCUCAUUGAACAACUCCAACAACCACUGGAUGCAGUUCUUGCACAACCAAAACGUUCAGCUGAGGAAGCCGCACAGGACGUUGAGAAUCUCAGAAACAAUUCACAACAACUUUCUGAUCUCGACAACAAGAUUGCCAAUCUGCAACGUAUUUCCGAACUUCUUGAUCCACUUGAGAGUGCUUACGCUGAUGUGCGAUUCUUUGAUGUAGACGCCGAGCAAACACGUCAUCAGUACGACGACGUUCUCAAUGACGUUGCCGCCGAACUUGAAGAUGAAACACUUCUCAAGCAAUCAGCCAGUCAAGUUGCCAAUGAAAUUGAUGACAUCAGCAAGAUGAUCGAUUCGACCGAUCCUGAAAGAUCCAUUUUGGAUACGAUCGCUAAGAGUGAUAUCCCUGCUCUCAAGGCCCAAAUCAAUCGCAUCAAGGACAGAAUUGUUAACGCCGACGCUUCUCGCAAACACGUCACCACUGAUCCAAAGAUCGCUGAAGAUUUGGAUAACAAACUCGCCAAGCUCCAAACCGAACUUGACGAUGCCAUCAAGACUUCAGACGAGCACGACAAGGAACAACUGAUUCUCUCACUGAAACUUAACAUCUCUCAGUUUGAGCAGAUUCCUUUGGAUCAGCUCAAGUCGGACGAUUUGAAGACGGCAGAAAAGGAAAUCACCAACUCGUUGAAGCCAGAGGAAGCCGAGCCACUACUGGCCAAGAUUCAAGAACUACGUGAGGCAAAGAGAGUCGGUGACGAAGCUCGUUCUGCCGCUCACGACCAGAUUGUGGCUCUUGAAAAGGAAGCUGAAGACGUUACUGCCAAGGAAUCAGCAAAGAAAAAGAAGAAGGACAAGAAGAAGUCUCCACAAGAGAUGAUUGACGAGCUCAGUGCUAAAGUUGUUGAAGCAAAGGCACUCAUUCCAAAGAUCGAAGAAGCCGCCAAGAACGAAAACCUACCAGCCGACGACAAACCAAAGGCCGAACAACUUGUCUCGAAUCUCGAAGCAUUCGUCAAAGAUGUUGAAACUCAAGUUUCUGAGAAACAAGACGAACUCGACAAGCUGAACAACGCCAAUGAUGCAAUCAAGAGACUUGGAGAUGCUCUCGACGACGCCGAAAAGACAGUUGUCCCAAGUAGUGUACCCGCCCUUAGCGAGUUCAAGGAUCGCAUCGCUCCACAUCUCGCCACUUUGGUUGAAGCUGUCAACGAUGUUCCAGCCAGUGUUGAGCCUUCAGCCGUCGCUUUGCGUGAUCGUGCCGCUAAAUUCGUUUCUGAUCUUGAAAAGAACAUCCAAAAGACUGGUGACGAUGAAAAGCGCGCCGAUGAACUGAAGAACGAUGUCGGAAAUGCGGUCAAGAACGUGGAAGAUGUUGUUUCGAAAUACCAAAAUCAACCUCAACCACUCGACGUGGCUAAGGACGACGCUAACAAACUCAAGGCUACUGUAGAGCAACUUACCAAGCUGGCCGAGUCUAGCGACAAGAUCGAUCCACAAGUCGCCAAGGACAUCAAGGACUCAAAGACUAAGGCUAAGGAAUUGCUUCAGGCUCUUGAAAAAGCCAUUCCACAAGAGGACGCUAUUCGUCGUGAACAAGCCGAGAUUAAUGAUCGUCUCAACAAUCUCGAGAAGGAGCUUACCAAGGUGGAUGAGUUCAAACCAGAGGAUGCACUUCCAAUUGUUGACCAACUCGCCGCCAAUACUAACACCUUGAAGACUGCCACUGAUUCGAACAACGAGAAGGCCGUCGCACCAAGUUCGCUCAUUUCUCAUGACGAUUUGGUUGUCGGUCUUCCAGAGAAGGUCUUCCAACUUCAGCAUGCCAUCGAUGACAAGAAGCAAGCUUUGAACAAGGCUGCAGCUGUCAACGAAAUUGCUCCAAAGCUCCAGCUCGUUUCUCAACAACUCCAAUCUGUACCACAAGAAGUACCAGCGUCACUUGACGAACAGAAACAACUUUUGGAGGAUGUCGAAAACCAAAAGCACAAUUUGGAGAACUUGCUUGCCAAUCUUCCUGAAAACGACCCAACUGCUGAUGAACUCAGACAGAAGAGCCAGUGGGAUUUGUCACGACUCAAGGAUCUUUUGAAACAACUUGGAUCUGCCGUUGGUGACAAAUUGGCUGCACUUGCCGCUUUCAAUGCCGCUCGCAAAAAUGCCGAAGACGCCCUUCUCGAUAUCACCCGUGAAGAUGGAGGUGAUGACAACAAAUCACCAGACGAGCUUAUUGAUGAUCUAGCCAAGAAGGAGGAAACUGUUGCCAAGCUUCUUGAUACUGUUUCCGGAGUUAAGCCUGACGAGCUCGAUGAUAAGGAACGAGCUGAAUACAACGACUUGCUUGCAAGACUCGCGACCGCGGCUGACGUUCUGAAAAACAAACGUGCCGAACUCGAACAAGCAGUCAAGGCCAAGGCCGACGAGAAAUCGCUACACGACUCUGUUGACCGUAUCGUAUCUCGUCUUGUGCCACUUGUUCGUGAAUCGGAUGAGCUCCGUCACAACGCUGAAGCCGUUCCUACUCAAUACGCUCCAAAGGCCGAAGAACUGAAGAAGGAGGUCGAAGCUGCGAAGGCCGUCAUCGCCAACGCUCCAUCGUCUGAUGCUCAUGUGCAACAACUCGAACAAGCUGUUGCAACCGCAGAAACUCUUAUUCCGGACCUUGAAGAAAGAGCGCGUCUCUGGAACGAAUUCCUUGCUGCUCGCAACGACAUCGAUGCUCUCAUUGAACAACUCCAACAACCACUGGAUGCAGUUCUUGCACAACCAAAACGUUCAGCUGAGGAAGCCGCACAGGACGUUGAGAAUCUCAGAAACAAUUCACAACAACUUUCUGAUCUCGACAACAAGAUUGCCAAUCUGCAACGUAUUUCCGAACUUCUUGAUCCACUUGAGAGUGCUUACGCUGAUGUGCGAUUCUUUGAUGUAGACGCCGAGCAAACACGUCAUCAGUACGACGACGUUCUCAAUGACGUUGCCGCCGAACUUGAAGAUGAAACACUUCUCAAGCAAUCAGCCAGUCAAGUUGCCAAUGAAAUUGAUGACAUCAGCAAGAUGAUCGAUUCGACCGAUCCUGAAAGAUCCAUUUUGGAUACGAUCGCUAAGAGUGAUAUCCCUGCUCUCAAGGCCCAAAUCAAUCGCAUCAAGGACAGAAUUGUUAACGCCGACGCUUCUCGCAAACACGUCACCACUGAUCCAAAGAUCGCUGAAGAUUUGGAUAACAAACUCGCCAAGCUCCAAACCGAACUUGACGAUGCCAUCAAGACUUCAGACGAGCACGACAAGGAACAACUGAUUCUCUCACUGAAACUUAACAUCUCUCAGUUUGAGCAGAUUCCUUUGGAUCAGCUCAAGUCGGACGAUUUGAAGACGGCAGAAAAGGAAAUCACCAACUCGUUGAAGCCAGAGGAAGCCGAGCCACUACUGGCCAAGAUUCAAGAACUACGUGAGGCAAAGAGAGUCGGUGACGAAGCUCGUUCUGCCGCUCACGACCAGAUUGUGGCUCUUGAAAAGGAAGCUGAAGACGUUACUGCCAAGGAAUCAGCAAAGAAAAAGAAGAAGGACAAGAAGAAGUCUCCACAAGAGAUGAUUGACGAGCUCAGUGCUAAAGUUGUUGAAGCAAAGGCACUCAUUCCAAAGAUCGAAGAAGCCGCCAAGAACGAAAACCUACCAGCCGACGACAAACCAAAGGCCGAACAACUUGUCUCGAAUCUCGAAGCAUUCGUCAAAGAUGUUGAAACUCAAGUUUCUGAGAAACAAGACGAACUCGACAAGCUGAACAACGCCAAUGAUGCAAUCAAGAGACUUGGAGAUGCUCUCGACGACGCCGAAAAGACAGUUGUCCCAAGUAGUGUACCCGCCCUUAGCGAGUUCAAGGAUCGCAUCGCUCCACAUCUCGCCACUUUGGUUGAAGCUGUCAACGAUGUUCCAGCCAGUGUUGAGCCUUCAGCCGUCGCUUUGCGUGAUCGUGCCGCUAAAUUCGUUUCUGAUCUUGAAAAGAACAUCCAAAAGACUGGUGACGAUGAAAAGCGCGCCGAUGAACUGAAGAACGAUGUCGGAAAUGCGGUCAAGAACGUGGAAGAUGUUGUUUCGAAAUACCAAAAUCAACCUCAACCACUCGACGUGGCUAAGGACGACGCUAACAAACUCAAGGCUACUGUAGAGCAACUUACCAAGCUGGCCGAGUCUAGCGACAAGAUCGAUCCACAAGUCGCCAAGGACAUCAAGGACUCAAAGACUAAGGCUAAGGAAUUGCUUCAGGCUCUUGAAAAAGCCAUUCCACAAGAGGACGCUAUUCGUCGUGAACAAGCCGAGAUUAAUGAUCGUCUCAACAAUCUCGAGAAGGAGCUUACCAAGGUGGAUGAGUUCAAACCAGAGGAUGCACUUCCAAUUGUUGACCAACUCGCCGCCAAUACUAACACCUUGAAGACUGCCACUGAUUCGAACAACGAGAAGGCCGUCGCACCAAGUUCGCUCAUUUCUCAUGACGAUUUGGUUGUCGGUCUUCCAGAGAAGGUCUUCCAACUUCAGCAUGCCAUCGAUGACAAGAAGCAAGCUUUGAACAAGGCUGCAGCUGUCAACGAAAUUGCUCCAAAGCUCCAGCUCGUUUCUCAACAACUCCAAUCUGUACCACAAGAAGUACCAGCGUCACUUGACGAACAGAAACAACUUUUGGAGGAUGUCGAAAACCAAAAGCACAAUUUGGAGAACUUGCUUGCCAAUCUUCCUGAAAACGACCCAACUGCUGAUGAACUCAGACAGAAGAGCCAGUGGGAUUUGUCACGACUCAAGGAUCUUUUGAAACAACUUGGAUCUGCCGUUGGUGACAAAUUGGCUGCACUUGCCGCUUUCAAUGCCGCUCGCAAAAAUGCCGAAGACGCCCUUCUCGAUAUCACCCGUGAAGAUGGAGGUGAUGACAACAAAUCACCAGACGAGCUUAUUGAUGAUCUAGCCAAGAAGGAGGAAACUGUUGCCAAGCUUCUUGAUACUGUUUCCGGAGUUAAGCCUGACGAGCUCGAUGAUAAGGAACGAGCUGAAUACAACGACUUGCUUGCAAGACUCGCGACCGCGGCUGACGUUCUGAAAAACAAACGUGCCGAACUCGAACAAGCAGUCAAGGCCAAGGCCGACGAGAAAUCGCUACACGACUCUGUUGACCGUAUCGUAUCUCGUCUUGUGCCACUUGUUCGUGAAUCGGAUGAGCUCCGUCACAACGCUGAAGCCGUUCCUACUCAAUACGCUCCAAAGGCCGAAGAACUGAAGAAGGAGGUCGAAGCUGCGAAGGCCGUCAUCGCCAACGCUCCAUCGUCUGAUGCUCAUGUGCAACAACUCGAACAAGCUGUUGCAACCGCAGAAACUCUUAUUCCGGACCUUGAAGAAAGAGCGCGUCUCUGGAACGAAUUCCUUGCUGCUCGCAACGACAUCGAUGCUCUCAUUGAACAACUCCAACAACCACUGGAUGCAGUUCUUGCACAACCAAAACGUUCAGCUGAGGAAGCCGCACAGGACGUUGAGAAUCUCAGAAACAAUUCACAACAACUUUCUGAUCUCGACAACAAGAUUGCCAAUCUGCAACGUAUUUCCGAACUUCUUGAUCCACUUGAGAGUGCUUACGCUGAUGUGCGAUUCUUUGAUGUAGACGCCGAGCAAACACGUCAUCAGUACGACGACGUUCUCAAUGACGUUGCCGCCGAACUUGAAGAUGAAACACUUCUCAAGCAAUCAGCCAGUCAAGUUGCCAAUGAAAUUGAUGACAUCAGCAAGAUGAUCGAUUCGACCGAUCCUGAAAGAUCCAUUUUGGAUACGAUCGCUAAGAGUGAUAUCCCUGCUCUCAAGGCCCAAAUCAAUCGCAUCAAGGACAGAAUUGUUAACGCCGACGCUUCUCGCAAACACGUCACCACUGAUCCAAAGAUCGCUGAAGAUUUGGAUAACAAACUCGCCAAGCUCCAAACCGAACUUGACGAUGCCAUCAAGACUUCAGACGAGCACGACAAGGAACAACUGAUUCUCUCACUGAAACUUAACAUCUCUCAGUUUGAGCAGAUUCCUUUGGAUCAGCUCAAGUCGGACGAUUUGAAGACGGCAGAAAAGGAAAUCACCAACUCGUUGAAGCCAGAGGAAGCCGAGCCACUACUGGCCAAGAUUCAAGAACUACGUGAGGCAAAGAGAGUCGGUGACGAAGCUCGUUCUGCCGCUCACGACCAGAUUGUGGCUCUUGAAAAGGAAGCUGAAGACGUUACUGCCAAGGAAUCAGCAAAGAAAAAGAAGAAGGACAAGAAGAAGUCUCCACAAGAGAUGAUUGACGAGCUCAGUGCUAAAGUUGUUGAAGCAAAGGCACUCAUUCCAAAGAUCGAAGAAGCCGCCAAGAACGAAAACCUACCAGCCGACGACAAACCAAAGGCCGAACAACUUGUCUCGAAUCUCGAAGCAUUCGUCAAAGAUGUUGAAACUCAAGUUUCUGAGAAACAAGACGAACUCGACAAGCUGAACAACGCCAAUGAUGCAAUCAAGAGACUUGGAGAUGCUCUCGACGACGCCGAAAAGACAGUUGUCCCAAGUAGUGUACCCGCCCUUAGCGAGUUCAAGGAUCGCAUCGCUCCACAUCUCGCCACUUUGGUUGAAGCUGUCAACGAUGUUCCAGCCAGUGUUGAGCCUUCAGCCGUCGCUUUGCGUGAUCGUGCCGCUAAAUUCGUUUCUGAUCUUGAAAAGAACAUCCAAAAGACUGGUGACGAUGAAAAGCGCGCCGAUGAACUGAAGAACGAUGUCGGAAAUGCGGUCAAGAACGUGGAAGAUGUUGUUUCGAAAUACCAAAAUCAACCUCAACCACUCGACGUGGCUAAGGACGACGCUAACAAACUCAAGGCUACUGUAGAGCAACUUACCAAGCUGGCCGAGUCUAGCGACAAGAUCGAUCCACAAGUCGCCAAGGACAUCAAGGACUCAAAGACUAAGGCUAAGGAAUUGCUUCAGGCUCUUGAAAAAGCCAUUCCACAAGAGGACGCUAUUCGUCGUGAACAAGCCGAGAUUAAUGAUCGUCUCAACAAGCUCGAGAAGGAGCUUACCAAGGUGGAUGAGUUCAAACCAGAGGAUGCACUUCCAAUUGUUGACCAACUCGCCGCCAAUACUAACACCUUGAAGACUGCCACUGAUUCGAACAACGAGAAGGCCGUCGCACCAAGUUCGCUCAUUUCUCAUGACGAUUUGGUUGUCGGUCUUCCAGAGAAGGUCUUCCAACUUCAGCAUGCCAUCGAUGACAAGAAGCAAGCUUUGAACAAGGCUGCAGCUGUCAACGAAAUUGCUCCAAAGCUCCAGCUCGUUUCUCAACAACUCCAAUCUGUACCACAAGAAGUACCAGCGUCACUUGACGAACAGAAACAACUUUUGGAGGAUGUCGAAAACCAAAAGCACAAUUUGGAGAACUUGCUUGCCAAUCUUCCUGAAAACGACCCAACUGCUGAUGAACUCAGACAGAAGAGCCAGUGGGAUUUGUCACGACUCAAGGAUCUUUUGAAACAACUUGGAUCUGCCGUUGGUGAAAAAUUGGCUGCACUUGCCGCUUUCAAUGCCGCUCGCAAAAAUGCCGAAGACGCCCUUCUCGAUAUCACCCGUGAAGAUGGAGGUGAUGACAACAAAUCACCAGACGAGCUUAUUGAUGAUCUAGCCAAGAAGGAGGAAACUGUUGCCAAGCUUCUUGAUACUGUUUCCGGAGUUAAGCCUGACGAGCUCGAUGAUAAGGAACGAGCUGAAUACAACGACUUGCUUGCAAGACUCGCGACCGCGGCUGACGUUCUGAAAAACAAACGUGCCGAACUCGAACAAGCAGUCAAGGCCAAGGCCGACGAGAAAUCGCUACACGACUCUGUUGACCGUAUCGUAUCUCGUCUUGUGCCACUUGUUCGUGAAUCGGAUGAGCUCCGUCACAACGCUGAAGCCGUUCCUACUCAAUACGCUCCAAAGGCCGAAGAACUGAAGAAGGAGGUCGAAGCUGCGAAGGCCGUCAUCGCCAACGCUCCAUCGUCUGAUGCUCAUGUUCAACAACUCGAACAAGCUGUUGCAACCGCAGAAACUCUUAUUCCGGACCUUGAAGAAAGAGCUUCUAUUUGGGAGCGUUUUGUAAAAGCAAAGGAUGAUUUGUACGAUUAUUUGGAGAAAUUAGAGAACAAUGUAAGCGAUGUGUUGAAUAGACCACGCUUGCCUGUAUCACAAGCUCAACAACGUUUUAAUAAAUUGAAGGAACAAAGUUACCUUCUCGACCGAAUAAGAGAUCUCAAAAUUGAUUUUGAUGAUCUCGGCGAAGCUCUAUUACCACUGACUGUAGCGGAAGACGAGCUUCGUUUCAUGCAUGUCCACGUCGAAAGCAUUGAACGACAAUAUGAGGACACAAUGGACAAACUGAAUGCUGAGAUAACAGCCGAAGUUGAACUACUUCGAACACUCGACAUUCUAUCAAAUGAAUUAUCUCAAUGCAAAGAAGAUAUCAACAAUCCAUCUGUAGAUGUUGAUGAGUUGAGCCGCGCCACAAUGCUCAACGAUGCUAUUGCUCAUCUCGAAAACCAGAAGGUUGUUGUUGCUAGAAGCGAGAAGGACCGCAAAUUUGUCGAAAGCAGCACUUCGAUAGAUCUUGACCAACUUUUAGCUGAAGCUAAACGCCUUCUUAAAGAAAUCGAACCAAGACUUCAACUCGCACAGCCUGACCAUGACAAUGAAGAUGAUGAAGAUGAAGAGAAAGGAAGCGAUGAGAAGCCGUAUGACGUUAGAGCAGCGGCAGAAGUGCUCUCAGCACUUUAUCCAGAUGAACAUCCGCACAAUGUUCUUCGAAACAUUGGUUUUGAAGAACUCCCGUCGGAUUCUGAAUCAAGAAGUGAAUUCGACUCACUUGACAGUCGAUCUGAUGGAUUACUUUCCCCAAUUCCUGACGAUUCGACUCUCAGUGAAGAACAACUCCGACGACAAAGAUCCCGUUGGAGACGGGUACUCAGAACUGCUUUGCCACUUCAGGCACUGCUUGUUCUACUUAUGGGAGCCGCUUGUUUGGUUCCACAUUGCGACGACGAGUACUGUUGCCAACUUCUCAAUAAUUUCGCUAAAAGUUUUGACCCUUCGCUAGAAUUCGUAAACGGGCCACCACCAUUUUAAUCUUUAAUUUUUUAUUUUCAUUACUAUUCACUAUUGUUUCAUUCAUCAUGAACCUGCCCCCAUACAUCCCAGUUGAUUUUUUCCAUCACUUGCAUAAGACGAAUAGAUUCCGAUGUUUUUAUUUAAUUUUUACUACGACAUUUUUUUGUAAAUAAUUUUACUUUAUUUUGUUUUUAAAGCUUUAUCGUUUUCUUUUAAUAAAAAUUAAAAAAUAAUAAAU